AUGGAAGAGACAAACUUCAACUGGACAUCUGAGGAAAACAGCUUUGAUAAAAGCUUAAACAUCAGCGAGAGCAUGAACACCACUCACAGAAACCAUGGUUAUAACAGGGUCUCUGAUAUAGUUAAACAAAUCGACACAUGGAUGGACUGGAUCAGCAUUGGCAUUGGUCUUCCCCUGACUCUAAUAGUGAUAGUUGCAGUUUUUCUACAAGUGAAAAAGGAUCAGGGUGUCCCAGUCUACGUCAUCAACCUUCUCUUUUCUGAUCUCAUUCAGUUUUGUGGCAGAAUUAUAGGUUAUUUUUUUCCUGGAAUCGGCGAUUGCAUCACAUUUUUUGGUUUAAUGGCCAGUGUUGGAUUCAUGGUCUGUAUCUCCUUGGAAAGGUAUUUGGUCAUCGCCAAGCCACUGUGGUACAGAUUCAGGAGAAACAUCAAGACAUACGUGGUGGUCUGUGUUGUGGUCUGGACUCUUCCUCUUAUGAUUCCCCUAAUUCUGCUUCUGGCUACUGAUCCUCGGAUGUUUCUCAUCAUCAUACCAUAUUUUCUCCUUCUGCCCUUUCCAUUCUUCAUUUUCUUCUUGGUUGGGACCAUUAAAGCUCUGUCUGGAGCCCUCAGUGUCCCAGCAGAAGAAAAACGACGCAUCGCAGCCAUUCAGGUUGUGGUGCUGCUAAUUUACUCUCUGCUUUUCCUGCCCAUUAUUAGUUUCCUCCUGUUACGGAACAUCAACAUAAUUUUUUAUUUUCUGUUUGCAGUUUGUCUUUUUCUCAGUCCCCUUGCAGACACAACGUUGUAUUUGUUAAGUCGGAAAAGCUUCCUGAAUAAGUUUCUGGCUUCACUCUGUUCUUGUAAAGCAUCAGACAAUCAGGAGAUGAGCAGCAAGUAUACUGAAAGCACGACUGCUCCACACACUGAGACUAUUUAG